AUGAGUCAAAGGCGCAACAGACAAUCCAAUACAGAAGUUGAUAUAUCAGCACUGGAAGAUGCAAUUAAGGAAUGUGUUCGGUACAUAAUUUGUCGAGAAGGUAGUAAAAUACCAAUUAAAAGAGGUGAAGUUUCUAAACAUCUUACUGCAACCUGUCACACUACACCCAAUCAAGUAAAGACUGUUUUAAUUGAAGCAGACAAGAUAUUGAAACGGGUUUAUGGAUACAAACUAGUUCAAGUGGACUCUCAAAGUGGUGUACCAUACAUAGUAGUACUUACAGAAGAAUGUGAAUCCCUGCCAUCACCUGUCACAGAUGUUCAACACAGAACUAUACUGAUUGCCGCACUCAUGCACAUAUUUAUGACUGGGGCUCCAAUCAAAGAAGAUGACAUGUGGAAAUUCCUAACUGAAGCAGGUCUUAUGGAGAAUGAGAAUGACCAGACAGUAAGGAAACUGCUGACCCAUACAUUUACUCGGCAAAUGUACUUGGAAUAUACCAAGGAAGGCGAGGAUGAUCUUGCUAGGCAUGUCUUCCAAUGGGGCGCUCGUGCUGUCGAAGAAGUACCAAAACCAUUUCUUCUGGGCAAAAUGGCAGAGGCAUUUCAAAAAGAACCAGAGUAUUGGGGUGAGCAGUACAAGAAUGCACAUCAAGACACAGAAGUCUAA